AUGGAGUCGUCGCAUCGUCAUCGUAUGACGUAUAUAUGCGUGUGUAUGUACACGGUCUGGUCACAUCUGUCAAUCGCAUCGUUGAUCGUUACAGGACAGCGUACAGGUAUGGUGUAAUACUGUAACGGCAUGGUUCUCGUGAGACUCUCGCGGAGAUUCGAAAGAUAUAUGAAUUUGCUCCACGGCCAAUGCGUGAUAAACUGCCGUUUAUGUUGUACGAAAGUGACAAGAAGAGAGUACAAAGGAGAAGAAAAAACGUGAUUCCUUGACUUUUCUAAGACUGUCAUAAAUACCAGAGCUCCAUGGACUGUUGCAUCGCCAAUCAAUAUGAUUGUUUACAAGUUACAGAGACAUUGCCAAAUAUCUCUAGUCCAGAGAUGUUUGAUAGCGAUACCGAAAGAAAGGUGGAUAAUAAAAUUGUUAAUACAUUACUCGAUAGUAGUACAUUAGCGGCAGUUAGCCCUCAAAAAUCUUCUCAAGUAGAAUUAGUUGCAAAAUCGGAUAAUAAUUUGCUAACGAGAAUUAAUAAGUUUUUGAGAGGCGUGCCACCUCCGCCAAGACAUACGAUAUGUCAGAACGAUUGUUUUGAUUUCUUACAAAAUAUUUAUGAAAAUCGCCAUUUGUUCUGGAUUGGAUAUCCAUUAUCGAGUGAAAAUUUGAAGGCUGUAGAAAGCACAAAAUCCCAAAAGCAGAUAAUUGCAGGGAGAGAAGGUAGAAAUAUUCCUCAAUGUGCAAGGGAUACUUCGAGAAGCUUGACAAAUGCCUUUGACACUUGCACUUCACCGAUUAAUGAUGCAGAAAGUACACAAUUGGAUGCAAAUAAUAUUAAUAAUAUUUGUGGCAGUGAUAGUAAUUAUAUUAUUCCUAUGGAAACAAAGAAUCCAAUUAAUAUGAUUAAAGAAACGGUAAGAGUUCCACCGAUCCUGGAUAAUUCAAAUUUACCUCCAAAUGAGCGAUCCCUUCUUUAUCAUACAAUUGAUGAAAAGGAGGCUAUGACUUUAAAGUGGUCUCAGGCAUAUUCUCACAAGUUUUAUGGCAUACAUUAUAAUAGAAGCAAAAGUGUAGAAGAAUUCGAAAAUUUAACAGUUAAAUUGUGCGAGAGGUAUAUAGGAGCUGAAACACAAUCAACCUGCAAUAUAUGGUUUUCCAAAAAAGCACCAGGAAGUGCAAGAAAGCGAAGUUUGUUAGUAAAGCGCGGUCAGAGUCCAGAGAAAAGAUUGACACAUUUAGCCAGGAGACGUAAAACCUUUUGUAGCGCCAACUUGCAAGGAUUAGGACGUACUAAUAAAAAGCAGUUAAUGGUACAAAUAAAGAAACCUACUCAUAAGAAAGGAAAAAGUCCAAGAGGUAAGAGUCCACGGGGCAAAAGUCCAAGAGGUAAAAGUCCGAGAAGCUCGGCAAAAAAGAAGGCAGUUCGGAGACUAAUGUUGGAUGGACCGAGUCCAUACAAAGCCAAGCUAGAGACUUCGAGACGUGCGCUAUUUCAAAGUCCAUCGUCGGAUCAUGCCGGUCCUAGUAAAUUAAAUACAAUUAACUCAGAUUCUCAAAGAAUCAAACGUGUUUUAUUCUUGACACCAAGAAAGGACGAAUCCGAGAAUCUGAAACAAGCAUCAUUGAGAGAAGAAAGCAGGAAAAGAAAAUGUGAGGAAGAAUUGCAAGGGCCACGAUUAAAAUGGGCAAAAAGCUUAUCUUUCGAUUGCAUGCAUGAAUUAAAAACUUCGAAAGUUACAUGGGAUAGACAUUCGUCGAGCGACAUUUUUUUGAAAAAUGACACGUCUUUCAAUCAAGAAAGGAAUGAACUCAGUGAUUCGCAUAGAAAGAAAUUACUUUGGGCAGUUGCAGAGGCUUUACGAUGUAAAGGCAUCGGUAUGAAUCAUCCGAAAUUUAAACAGUAUGCCGCGAGUUUAGCGCGUAUAAUAAAAAAAUUCAUGCCAGAUCUCGAAAAUAGGAAUAUUCCGCGAAAACCUGGUAGUACAACUGAUCGCAUGUUGAAAUUAGCCAAGCAUCAUGUAUUGUUUCUUAUUGAUACUAGACCAAUGGAUUGACAGUAUUGUCGAUACAAAUUAGUCAAAUACAGAAAAUCACACAAGACUUUUGGAUGAACAGGAUAACAUUAUUAAGCAGUUUGCUUUUUGAUAACGGGACAUUAUUAAAAUGACCAAUGUAGGUGCUUAUAUCCUUACCUGCACACAUUGUAUGUUUGUACACAUUGACACUUUUAUAUAAUUUAAAUAACACGAGAAGACAAAACGCGUUAUAGUAAUAGUAAUGUAACAUUUAAGAAAUGGGAUUGUAUGGCACUCCUCUAUUUGCAGGGUGUCAAAAUACUUUUUUAUCUUAUAUAUAAAAAUGUUUUUUUUUAAUAAGCAUAGUGUUUUAUUAGCUUUAAAAUAGUUAUCUUUCACAACUUAUAUAAAUAAUUAAUAAAAGGCGCUUUCUUGUGAAGUAAAACGCAACUUACAAUACUUUA